GGGUUUGACAACUGGCAGUACGAGAACUGGAUCGUGGUAUAUUCGGCACAGGUUUGAGGGCAUGUUGAGACAUCCGGAUGGGCCAGAGCAGAGGUGUCUAGGCGGUUCGGACGGGGACUGAGGAGGAUCGAGAGACGGGCGAGCCGGCAGAAAGACAUGGGCCAGUGCAUCACCAAGUGCAAGAACCCGACGUCCUCGCUCGGCAGCAAGAGUGGCGACAAGGAGAGCGGCUCCAAGUCGCACAAGAAAAGCAGCUGCAUGGGUAGCGCCGGAGCCAACAAGGAGGAGGCUGGCGGCAAACCCGGAGGCGAGCUCCCCAAUGGCACCAAGGCCCCGGAGGUUUCCGUGGAGACGCCCAUUAUCUCGGCCUUGAUGGGAGAACCGCGCAAGGAGGACAGUCUAGAUGGGGACGGGCUGUCCAUCAAGCACAUUGAGGAGCUCUUCUCCUGCUACAAGGACGAGGAAGAGGACGUCAUCUUGGAGGAAGGCAUGGAGCGCUUCUGCAACGACCUGUGCGUGGACCCGGCCGAGUUUCGCGUGCUGGUUCUCGCUUGGAAGUUCCAAGCGGCCACUAUGUGCAAGUUUACAAGGAAAGAGUUUGUGGAGGGCUGCAAGGCCAUCCAGGCUGACACCCUCGAAGGCAUCUGCUCCCGCUUCCCCUGCAUGCUGCUGGAUGCUCAGGGCGAGGAGAACUUCAAGGACCUGUACCGCUUCACCUUCCAGUUCGGCCUGGACGCCGACGAGGGCCAGCGCUCACUGCAGCGUGACAUCGCCAUCGCGCUGUGGCGCCUGGUUUUCACCCAGCACAUGCCCUCCAUCUUGGAGCACUGGUUGGACUUCCUGUCCGAGAACCCCUCGGGCAUCCGGGGCAUCUCCCGGGACACGUGGAACAUGUUCCUCAACUUUACGCAGGCCAUCGGGCCCGACCUGAGCAACUACAGCGAGGACGAGGCCUGGCCCAGCCUCUUUGACACUUUUGUUGAGUGGGAGUUGGAGCGCAGGAAACGAGAGGAGGAACGGGCGGCGGCGCCGGGCGAAGAGGGCGCCUUCACCGAGGACGAGUGCCCGCUCAGCGCGGACAGGCUUGAAACGGGCGGUGGCCGCGGAUCACAGACGUGGGGGGGCCGCUGACCCGAGAGAAACUUGGGCUUGGAAGUCAACCAUCGGAUGGAUGUUGGUAUCAUCAUACAGCUGAGCAGUUUUCUUGGGAUGGGAUUCCAGUUUUGCUGUUGUUGGUUUUUUUUAGGUUUUGGAAAGGGCUCUGUGAACUGACAUUUCAAGCACUUCUAUUUAAGUUAUUGCUCUUCUUCCCCUUGCAUUUUUUUAAAGUGACCUUUUUACUUGCACCGUGUCUGUUGAAGGCUUUGUUCAGAAACAAAAAAAAGCAAAGAGCUAUAACAUUUAUCCCUCAUUCCUGUUUUAGAAAUUACAGUGGUGCCUUGAGACACGGGCCGACGUUCGGAUUAUUAUUAUUUUUUAGCUUGCACGUGAGCAAAAACUUUGAGCGGUGUUUACUGACCCAAAUUUGAAUUAAUCCUCUGCAAAGAUUGACUAAUAUUUUGAUUUCCAAGCAUGGUCGCAGAAUUGCUUUUAAUUUGUAUCUCAAGGCACCGUCAUUUGAAUCUGGUGAUAACUGACGUGUUUUGUGUUUGAAAAAAAAAGGGAAACGUCAAAUAAUGUUUGGAAAUGUGGGUUUUAUUUGCUUCUAUCUUGCAGUGCUGUGACGGCAGAUUAGUUGCACUUGCCUUGCCUUGGCCACUUUUGGCAAACAAACACACAAUUAUUUUCCAAGGGCAUUUUCUAUACGGACGGAAUUCCUUUGACGUUUUCACUCACUGCAAAUCCAGCUUCCAUGGUAAGAGACCCACAUUUUUCGACACCCGAUUUUUGCGGCGCUUCACGUUGACCCCUCGCACCUCAACGUUCCUUUCACAAAGCGGCCAAGUGUGUCAAAACACAAUGACGCUGGCUUUUACUUGAAAUCCCAAACGAGCUAAAGUUACCCCGAGUCUCGUCCGUUUCCAGUCAAGAGGACGCUCGCCCGAUCCCUGUUGCUUUUGGAAGAUGAAUAUUGUUUACCUCCAGGCGGUUUGAGUUUAAUGGCCUGUACACAAACACGCAAAGAGUGCACAAAGUUCUAAUAUUGCACAAAACUAUGGCAUGCUGGUUGCUGUAAUGUCGCUAAACUGCAAUGCUGUCUGUCAGCCGCAAUAAAUCAAUUAAAGACCCUCACAAAGUGGAUAAAUAAACCAGAGUAUGGAAAGCUGCUUGUACUGAAAGAGGGAGACCAUAACCUGAUCUGUUUAGUUUACGACCACAACGGUUUAAUUUCAGACCUCAGUCUAUCCCUUCGUUUAUAUAAACUGUAUUGGUUUCUAAUUAAUAAACAGUGUUCAACUUC